UCCUCGGUUACCCCGGCUACAAACAGUUUAUUAACAAUUUAUAACCAUCCAAAUUUCAUUUUAGCAAGGGCGCAACUCAAAAUUCUUAGUUAAAAGUGUUAACUCAAGAUGACCAUCGUAUCCAAAUCCGAAGUAUAAUGUGAAAUAUUCCAGUCAUUUAAUUCGAUUUAAUAAAAAGUGUAGAGGAAAAUGGGGCUCGGGUUCAAAUGCCGUCACAUCCCGCCGAGCGUUUACUGCGGUGGCAAAAAGCGCAGGCGCAGGAGGAGCAAAAGAAGGAGGUCCAGAUGCGGAAGGUCCAGACGUAGGAAAUCGUGCCGCGGAGGUCGAAAGACCAACAACCCCUUCCUGAACUACUUGAGGGUGUUUAGGAAGAAACACUGCGGCUGGCCCCAGUGCAGGAUCGCCAUCGAGGGAGCCAAGUGCUGGUGUAAAAUGAGCGGGAGGGACCGAAAGAAGUACUACAAUCAGGCGUGCAGCAUGCUUAAGAAACGCGGGAGGAGGAGGAGGAGGCGUAGCUGCAGGCGCAGGCGCAGGAGCUGCCGCAGGAGACGGCGCAGACGCAGGAGCUGCAACACGUGCCCCAAGUAGGCCCACCCCGAUGGCGAGCGAUGGAGGGAAGAAAAUCAUUUUGUGGUGGUGGAGUUGUUACGUCCGUAUACAGUCGUAUUUCGAUGUCUCACACUAUAGUAAUUAAAAAAAAAUAUUUCGGGUUU